AAUGUCUUUUGAGCUCAGAAUAGAAUACUGUCUCUCUCUCUCUCUCUCUCCCUCUCUCCCUCUCUAUAAAAGCCACGAUUCUCUUCUUCCUUUCAAUGGAAACAAACUACAUAAAAUUCCUCAUAAUCCAAUCCCCUUUACGUCCUUCAUUUCCAGGGAUUUUGUUCUUCCGAACUAUUUCACUGAGCAAUCAGAAGAAGCCCCUCAAAUUAUCGUCGAGAUUCGUGCCAGAUUCCAAGUGGGUUCAGCUCGGAUUUUGCAGCUCCUGAAAAUUUACAUGAGCAAUUUGGGAUCGAAACUUUUUGUUUGGUUACCGAGAAAAUUGGAGAAAGAAAAUGAAGGGGAAGAUUUGAACGUUGUUGUUACCGUUAUUUUUGGUUCUGGGUAUUGAAAAUUGGAGGCAAUACGUCCGUUGUGCUCGUUGAAAUCAGAGUCUUUGUGUUGUUUUACAUGACCCAACUUAUCAAGGAGGGAGCACAUCCAGUCUUAAGUUGGAAAAAUGGCAAUGCCUUCUCCAGUCAAAGUGGUUCUUGGCUCGAUUGCUUUUGCAGUCUUUUGGGUGUUGGCUGUGUUUCCGGCUAUCCCUUUCUUGCCAAUCGGUAGGACUGCAGGGUCCCUCCUCGGGGCAAUGCUUACGGUUGUUUUCCGAGUCUUAACUCCUGAUCAAGCAUACGCUGCUAUUGAUCUCCCAAUCAUUGGUCUUCUGUUUGGGACAAUGGUUGUGAGUAUCUAUCUCGAAAGAGCAGAUAUGUUCAAGUAUUUGGGCAAGUUGCUCAUGUGGAAAACUCAAGGGGCAAAGGACUUGCUCUGUCGAAUCUGUUUGAUUUCUGCAGUUUCGAGCGCUCUCUUCACCAAUGACACCUCUUGCGUGGUUUUGACCGAGUUUGUUUUAGAAGUUGCAGGACAACAUAACCUCCCACCUCAUCCUUUCCUACUCGCCCUUGCCUCGAGUGCAAACAUUGGGUCUGCAGCAACCCCGAUUGGCAAUCCUCAAAACCUUGUUAUAGCUGUUCAGAGUAAGAUAUCUUUUGGGACAUUUGUGAUUGGAAUUCUCCCUGCGAUGCUUGUGGGAGUUUGUGUGAAUGCUUUGAUUCUUCUAUGUAUGUUCUGGAGAUUGUUGUCUGUCCAGAUGGAUGAGGAAGAUCCAGCUACAUUAACACAUAGUACAUCCUUAAACUCUCAAGAAAUGAACUCUAGAUUGGAAACCCCGACUGUGCAAAGUUCUCUGAAUGUUAAUGUGAGCAUAGGUAAUUUCGAGACUCUUAGAAACCGCUUACCUUCUAGCGAGAAUGAAGUAAACAAGGUUCCUAGUGGCGUGAUAGAGUCAGCAAGAAUUUCAAGUGCAUCAAAAGAGGAGAUAAAUGAUUUGUCUUCUCAUAAAAGGGACGAAACAAUCCCAUCAAAAAGGUCUCCAUCGAACGAUAGACAAACAGAUGCAUUUCCUACGGAGUCAUUGGAAGGGAAGGAACAUCUGACCACAAGAUGGAAAAGGAUAUUGUGGAAAUCUGGUGUUUACCUUAUUACUAUAGGAAUGCUGAUUGCACUGCUUAUGGGCCUCAAUAUGUCGUGGUGUGCGAUUACUGCUGCACUUGCUCUGGUUGUUCUUGACUUCACGGAUGCCCGUCCAAGCCUAGAAAAGGUUUCCUAUUCACUCUUGAUUUUCUUCUGCGGAAUGUUUAUAACCGUCAAUGGAUUCAACAAGACCGGCAUUCCAAGCGAUCUUUGGGACUUCAUGGAGCCGCAUGCGCAAAUUGAUCGUGCUAGCGGCAUAUAUGUUCUUGCAGUCACCAUACUUGUGCUGUCAAAUUUGGCUUCAAAUGUACCAACUGUUUUGUUGCUUGGAGGGCGGGUGGCAGCGUCGGCGGCCCUAAUCUCUGCCGCGGAGGAGAAGAAGGCGUGGCUCCUAUUAGCUUGGGUGAGCACCGUGGCCGGAAACCUGUCGCUUUUGGGAUCAGCAGCCAACUUGAUAGUGUGCGAGCAGGCUCGCCAAUCUCCACAACUUGCCUACACAUUGUCCUUCUGGAGCCAUCUGAAAUUUGGAGUCCCCUCCACACUUAUAGUCACUGCUAUUGGUUUAACACUAAUUAGAUGAAACAUUUGGACAACAAAGAAAGCAAGCAUCUUUAUAUAGUUUUAUUUCUACAUUUGUAUGGAAAAGGUUGCUCCUUUGUGACCGAAAGGUCACGGGUUCGAGCAAUGAAAACCACCUCUUUGCAAA